CUCUUUUCCCUUCCACAUUUCCCCCCCUCCACGCGGUCCAGACCAGCCAAGAACAACAAACCGCUCCAAAAGAAAAGAGAAAAGAACACCUUUCUAUUUCCCACUUUCUUUAAUUUUUUUUCCUUCUAGAACGAGGAGCGAGAAGAAACACAUUCCGGAGCCGCGCCGGAGCCGUCCGCCGUGCCGGCCUCGAGCCAGCGCACCGCCAAGGCCCCACCCCGCCGAGGGUGGAGGAGAGAAGAGGAGAGGGAGGGCGACGGCGACGGCGACGAGGAGGCGGCUCCAGGAGCCCCGCGGGAUAAGCUUCUAGAAGCUGCCGGAGGCGGGGCGGGGGCGAGCGCAGCGCGAUCUCGGCCGAACCUGCCGCGCUGAGGAGGCGCCGGGGAGGGCGCCUCCCGGAUGCCGGCGCCCUCCGUGACUUGAAUGGAAGGCAGAUCUCGAGGGCGAGGGAAGCUUCUAGAAGCGGGCUGAGGAGGCGCGGUUAGUUCGUUAGGGUUUGGCCUGGCGGUGGGAGGCGGGGCGGGAUGGGGGGAGGCUCCGAGGGAGGAGGAGACGCGGACGAGGCCUGCUGCAGCGUCGGGGACACCUCGCCGGGGACCAUCGUGUGGGUGCGCCGGAGGAACGGCUCCUGGUGGCCCGGCAGGAUCCUGGGCCAAGACGAGCUGCCGCCGUCGCAGAUCAUGUCCCCAAGGUCCGGCACGCCGGUCAAGCUUCUCGGCCGCGAGGACGCCAGCGUUGACUGGUACAACCUUGAGAAAUCAAAGCGGGUUAAAGCGUUUAGGUGUGGGGAGUUCGAUGCCUGCAUUGAGAGGGCAGAGGCUACUCAAGGGACUGUUUCAAAGAAAAGAGAGAAAUAUGCACGGAGAGAAGAUGCUAUUCUUCAUGCCCUUGAAUUGGAGAGGAAACUGCAUCAGACUCAAGGUUUCAGACCUGCCUACUUUUCUGCUUGCACGAAACAUCGCAAAGACCUUGGAAGCACUCGCUACAAGAGCAAAAAGAGGAAAAGAAAAGAUGUAUCUGCUCUUCCUGCAAAAAAAGAAGCCAAUCAGUAUUUUCUCCAUGCCGGUUCGAAGAUAAACUUUUCAGAGUUGCAGGACACCUCAGAGAAUCUCAUCAGUAACCACAUUGGGGACUUAUCCCAUGUGAGACAUAUUCAGGGAGGAGCAAGUUUAGAGAGCAAGGAGAAUUGUACAAUUGUGAAAAAGAAUAGAUCGGAUGGAAGCGAUUUCGCUGAAUCUAUUGAAAAAUGUGACAGACACCGACCACUUGUUCAAGUCUUUCAGAGCAGUGCAAAAUUGACGCAGCACUCGCCGCACAAUGAUGAUUAUGGGGCUAUCUUAAUUGGGGGAGAUAAAGAUCCGUCACCUGCCACCUAUCGGGCUAAAAGAAGUAGAUAUGCAUACCUGCCUAGUGAUUCUGGUGAAACUCAUAGCUAUAGUGAUUUACCUUCUGCUCAAAUGGUUUCUACCGGAGCCGAUUUUGACACCGAAAGUUAUCUUCAGCAUCCAGAUUAUUCUUCUGAGGAACAUACAUCUUCAGACUUUGUUGAGAAACAUGUAUCUGAGUCUUCAGAGAGGGAAUGCUCAGAAAGUGAAACAGAAGAUGACGCAGAGCUUUUGCAAAGUGCUAAUAGGAUUCUGCUUCCAGAGUUACGCCCGCGUGAUCCUUAUUUCCUUCGGACUUCUGACAGGUUUGGACAUGUGGAUAAUUAUGAUGAUGAUGAUGAUGAUGAUGACAAUGAGGUGGCCUAUUCUGCUUAUAUGCAUCAAUUGAAUCAAUCAGAGGAAGAGGAUGGUUCUUCUGAGCUGGGUGUCUCCCGAUGGCAUAUAAAAGGUAAACGUAAUAACCGUAGUGCAGUGAAGAAAUCCACCCAUAUGAUGGAUGGAAAAUCCUGUUUGGAUAAACCCAAUGGUCUCAUGAAAGGAUCUGUGUACAACACAAAUGGUAUAAAUCAUAGAAAAGAGAAUGUGCAGAUAUCCGAUCAGCAAGUGCUUAGGAACCAAAUCAAAGAGGAGCCCCACUAUGACUCUGAUGAAACAGAUUUAUUCGAGGACACAAGCCACCCUGAGGUUAACUUGUAUCAUAGUCGAACAUACCCAUCAUCCUUGAAGGCUACAAGAGAUCUUAGCCGAAGCUACAUAUAUUAUAAUGACUAUGAAAAUGAUUCUUCCAAGAUUUCUCCUCUUAACUGGGAUACAGAUCAGGUAUUUCGUGUUGAUCGGAAGGCAUAUUGGGACGAACCUUCAUUUUACCAAAGAAAUGGCAGUUCACGUUUAGGUCGCACGGGCCCAAUGUUGUUUGAUGUUGAGUUGAAAGUCCAAGCCAGCUACCAUGGAGAGCAUGUUCCUCUUGUUUCCUUGAUGAGCAGACUGGAUGGCAAAGCAAUUGUUGGACACCCUAUCCAAAUUGAAAUACUUGUAGAUGGUUCCACUGACCACAUGGUUUCUGGUGGUGAUAUUAGUAUGGAAGAGAGCACUGGAGCUCCAACUGCUUGGCGAACAGGCAGGAGGACAGCCAUGCAAAGAAUUCCCCGUUCUAAUCCUUUAGGAGCAUCAAUGGACGGCGGAAAUGAAGGCAGGCUUGCAUACCCAGACUGGGAAAUGAAACCAGUCUUCACUAAAUACUCAACUCCUGCAAAUCACCAGGUUAAGGAUGAUAAGAAAAGCAUGUCAAAUAGUAAGAAGAGGUCAUCAGCAUCCAAAUCUCAAAAGAAGCCAUCCAAGAAAGCAAGUCUGUCAAGCCAGAAGGUCAGAACCCUCUCUUCCAUUUCCACUGUAAGAAGGCAUCAUGGAGGUGGCACUCAAGCAAAGGCGCGUACGCACAGUGGCAUUUUUGGUGGCUUGAUCAAACCAGAGGGAGCAAUUCCACCAGUUACAUGUGUGCCUGCAAAGGUUGUGUUCACAAGGAUACUGGAAGCAGUUGGCAGGCCACCUCUUGCUGUUGCUCGCCGUUUGAGAAUGGCUAGUCCUGCGGCACGCGAUCCAUCAUAGGAAUCAACUGGAUUGCUGAGUAUGGUUGGUAUAUGUGUCCUGCAAGUUUCAUGUACAUUUAUGUAAAUUGAAGAGUCAAGCUAUUCAAUCAUCUGGGCUGCAUCAUUUGGAUAACUCGGGAUAGCUGCACUCUUCAACAGUAACGACAACAUGUAAAGAUGAGUAACGGUUAUAUACUUCUAACUGGAGGUUGAGAUCAAUUAGGCUCUCAACACGAGCGCUUCUCAGUUCUCGGACAACAGUUCAGCCAGCGACCUCCACUAAGGGGUGCAUCCUUUAGAAGGGCGCAAGUAGCGUUGGUAACCAUGGCUUUUGGCAUUGUCUCCUGUAAAGUACUAACUUCAGCAUUUUAGGAUGUCUAUUUAUAUAAACUUCUGCGUCGUCGUGUAGUCAAUAGGUCAUAUGUUUUCUGAUGUCAUGUAUAAUUCCUCAACUGUAUUCUCACCAGAUCUCCGUGUUAUUUAUUGUCAAUGGUUAAUAGGUCCUCCGACUGUAUGUUUAGAAGAAUGUGUAGCAAGUUUGAUGUAAUAUGUGAGAACUACAGCAGUCACCAGAUGAUGUUGACAGUCUAAUUUUCUCUGUGAAGUUUCCGUGAA